AUGCUGCGGACGUUCGAGCCGCCUUGGCGGCGUCGCAUCACGCCGCUUGCAUUGAGCCAAGAUGCCACGCAGCAUGCGAUCGAUAUCCUCGGCAAGGUGGAUUGGCCCUCGCUCCGCUACCUGAGCGUCCGCAACACGCGUGAGAUCGUCAUUCCGCUCUACGACAUUGCGAACGCCCUCAGCGCGUGUUCGUCGCUAAAAUCGGUGACCCUCUACCACUGGCUUUUGCCCGGCGCCCACUUCACGGGCGUCUGCCCGCACCUCUCGACGGCCUCACUGUGUCGAUUGACGUGCAAUGCAGAGUUUGUCGCGACCCUCCGGCACCGUGCUCGGGAAGAAGGGGUCUUGGCGCUGGCGCGCGCGCUGCCCGCGUGGAUGGCCCGUGGCCUUGAGACUCUGCGCCUCGACAACACAGGGCUCCAUGACAAGGACGCGAUUGUCCUUGCGGUCGCGCUCGCCUCUGGCAAGAACCGACGACCGCUGACGGUCGACUUGUUCGCCAACAACAUGACAAUUGCGUCGGCGCCCGGGCUGCUGACAGCACUCGGGGCGUGCCGCAAUGUCACGCUGCGUUUUGGCGCCGAUUUUGCGCAACGCAGCAUUUGGUCGGGCCACCGUCUGGACGGCGAUGAGAACAUCCGAGACCUCAUUCGAACGCACCAGCUCCAGUACGUGGUGUCGGAGCAUACCUUUUCGUCGCCGUCUCGUGUCUCGUCGCCGUGGCAGCUCGUCUAA